AGAACAAUGCGAGGACCUUCGUGUACAGCAGAUGAAGAAGCAUCAGAAGGAACUGUGUGAAGACUGGCUGGCCCAGCUAGCUCUGAAGGAGGAACUGAAAGAGCAGCAGAAGAAGGAGGAGCAGAUGUUUGCAGAGCUUUGGGAAGAGGAUAGGCUGGCUAAGGAAAAGCGAGAGGCGAGGGAGAUGCAGAAGUCAGCGGAACAGAAUCGUGAAGUCCUGAACGGGCUUGGUGCCCAGGUAGCGGUGCUCAGCGCUCGCAAAGAGGAGGCCAAGCGGCUGAAGGAAGAAGAGGCUCGAUUGCUGGAAGAACAGCAGCAACUGCUUAAGCUAGAAAAUGAACAACUUCAGAUGGAGAAACUACAGAAACAGAAGGAAUGCAGGGAUAUGUUGCUCAGUGCAGCACAGGACAAGAAAAAUCGUCUUAAUGAAGAAAAACAAGGUGAACUUGCCCUAGAGAUGAAGAUCUUAGAUAAAUCUCUUCAAGAACCCCAGGAAGACAUUGAGGAGAAAACAAAAAGAAAACUGGAGGAAGAGAAGCAGCAAGAAAAAGAAGUGGACAAGCUCCUCGACGAAGAGAUGGCGAGGAUUUGGGCCAAGAAGGCUGAGCAAACACAAUUAGAAAAGGAGGCUAGAAAGCAGCUUCUGAAAGAUGUCCUGAAUACGAGACAACUGCAAAUCGAGGAGAAGUUGCAGAGAAAUGCAAAAGAGCAGGAAGAACUCGCUCAAGAGAGGAAGUUGUUAGCUGAAGCAGAUGCAGAAUUCAAGCAUAUAGAAGAAGAAAAGCACGCGAGAAAAGUAAAGGAAGCAAAAGAAUACCAAGAGCAACUCAGGGCUCAAAUUGCCCAUCAACGACAGGCCCGUGAUGCUGAGGAAGAAGAGAAGCAGAGAGAAUACGAAUCAGACGUCGCAGCAGAGAGAGCUUACCAAGAAAGGGUGCAGGACAUUCUAGCAAGGCCUUGUGAGAAACUAGCAAAGACCCACCCUUUCAGAAGAAAACUGAUGUCAUAA